AUGGGGGAAGUUGGUAGUGCGAUAGACGCCAUCCAACACGCACAUUGGGUUCGGGUCUCUAGUACAGGCGGUGCGAGCGGUCCCACAGCCUCGGUGGGACCCAUUUCGGCUACUUAUACCACGACGAUACCGUCAAGUGAAGAAGUUGAUCACCUCUACAGAAACCCCGAAGGUAUCAUCAGCCUCGGACAUGCUAGCGGGAAUAGUGUUACUCAAAGGGAGACUCUUUCAUACAACGAGGUACUACCUCAGACUUGGGAAAGCUCGAACAACGACCACUCGAUCGACUCUCACAGGGAAGACAUUAGCGGAAAAGUUACUAUGAACAGAGUACUUCCUGAAAUCAAAUACGCGACUCCUCAAUCCAUAGGGGCUAAUGCCAGGCAGAUGAAUUCGAACAGCUCAGACCGAGAUCACAAUUCAGACUCUGAUCUCAAAUCUCUAUUGGCCCCCCUCGCCAAGGGGCACGACGACUCAGAGGAUACGCAUGACUCUAACCUGCAUGAUAUUCGGGUGAAGACCUACCUCGCAUACAAGCGAUCACAGCAAGGUUCAUCUGAUCGUCUCAUCCGAUAUUCAGAAAGUAAUCCCCUGUGGGCCGAGGGUUGCGUAGCAUCAUUCACUCCAAGUGUCUAUGCAGCCGGAGCAGAGUAUACAGCCGAAACGAAAGCCGAUAAGCCAAGACUCCAUCUUGAUGUUCCUCAAAUCCCCCUCAAGCUUCCAUAUCAGGUCUCUGCGGAUGUGCCAGGAUUUAACUACCAAAAUGGUCAAGCUCCAGGGCAAAGAGAGGACUUUGCGUGUCCCUUCAGAUUUAAUGUGAAUGACCGAUGUUUCAAGAGCUUUCGUCGACUAAGGGACGUCGUGCAGCAUCUCCUAGCUCAUAAUUCAGGUGUAAUCACAGAAAAUCAAGUUCACAACAUGGCCGCUUAUUUUAAGCCUGGAAUUAACGGUGCAGAAGAGCCAAUAUGGUUUGCCCUUUUCGACAUGGUUCUACCAGGACUUCCGCCGCCCUCUUCACCAUAUAUCAACUUGAGCGAAGCUCUCACGCUUCCACCCCUCACGCCUUCACAUCCCGCUCCAAUAAAGAGAAAUAGCCCUCCUACAUCGACAGAGGAAGUGGAAGUAGCUGUAGGAACGGGCGUCUUAGUGAGGGAUCUGCCGACACUGCCACUAGCGUCAAAGCCGAUCGGCAACUUGCCUAGUACACGCGAUUUGCAGGCAGGUCGAGAUGGUAUACUCGACCUUUCAGUGUCUACUGAGGUCCUAGGUGGUCAUCAGUCGUCGAGGUUUGUCACUUUUCAGUUUCUGAACGUCUCCAGCAUGUCGUGCUUUACUCUUGACAUACUACGUGACUCCUUUCUUAUUUUGACAUCGGAGAGCAAGUCCCUCAUGCCGGAUAUCACUCCAAUCUUCGUUGGAAAGGGAGUUCUGCCAGAUUAUUUGAGCGUGACGGAUACUAUCAAUCACAAAUUCACGCAGAACCCGGACCUCGGAACAUCUCUGAUAUCAGACUUGACAGAAGAGAGGUUCGGACCUUGGGAUGGGCCCCCCUCGAAAGAGCUUGAGAAUCUUAAGCUAGGGGUGAAGAAGCCAAGUAUUAGCGAGGUAAUACUUACCUCCCCUGAAGCCUCCAGAAAAGUUUUCCUGACAAGCCAGGAUGAUCCUCUCGAUAUCGGUACGCCGGAGAUAGUAUCUGCCUCUCAUCGGGAAGACAUGACAGGAUCAUCGAAAGCCUCAUUCUCCUCAGGUAGCACGUAUGAUGAUGGGAAUGAUGACGGGAAUGAUGUUGUGUUAGUUGCUGAAACCAUCGAUGAUGAACGACAGCGGGUCUUGGACUCGGUCAUGUCUGAAUUCAAUGCUUGGUGGAGCAAUAGUCUCGGACUUUCGAAUCAUGCCGGUGCUCAGUGUUCAGCAUCAUCUCAUAGUCAAGGGUACUUGAAUCAUUCGACUGCAAACAGUCGGAGAAUGCCGCCUAGCAAUCGGAGCCACAAGAGAAGGCGGCGACUUGGCGCUGAGGAGGAUGAACCUGAUCAGUCUGAGGAUGAUGAGAAGGGCAAGCGACCAACACCAACCAAACCCAGAGCACUCGCUACGCAAUCAACUCGUCGGCUGGGAUGCCCCUAUUUUCAACGUAAUCCAAGCAACAACCGCAAGCAUCGGGCAUGCGCCGGACCGGGAUGGGAGACAUGCCAUCGUGUUAAGGAACAUGUUUACCGCUGCCAUGCCAUUCCACUACACUGCUUCCGGUGUCAUGAGGUGUUUGACACGGAAUCGAACCUUGCUGAACAUCAGAGACAGGUUCAAAGUUGUGAGGUGCGAAUAUCUGGCAUUGAACUGCAGGGGCUCACCAAUGAGCAAGAGAGGCUUCUCAGAAGGCGAUCUAAGGAGUCACAGGAAGAAAAGAAGUGGAAAGAGAUGUACCGAAUCCUCUUUCCUGAUGAUCGGGAAGCGGACAUGCCGAGUCCUUACCUGGAACUGUGUCACACACAAGCCAGUAUCAUUACAGAAUACGACUGUUUUCUCCGAAGAGAAGUGCCUUCCAGAGUCCGACAGCGAAUCGAAGGGAUCAUAAUGCAGACGACCGUGCCGCUUGAGCAGGAGCUGAUUAGGCGGAUACCUGAAAUAGUGAGAGAAGUGCAGCUGGAGCUUUUCGAGAACUACAGCGGAAGCGGCACACAGGAUGACCCAGAAACUCCUGCCACAUCCCCUAGCCUUGGAGUUGCAGAUGCCGAAACUGAAGAAUUACCAAGUCUUUCUGGCGGCGACGGUUGCAGCGAUCCAGACAAUGGCGUCCCAGAGCCAAUCCACAGGGACUCAGGACUUGAGAAUGAACCACCAAAUUUCUUUGAUCUAUAUCAGGACAGCGAGUUCAUAAAUUUUGACACUACGGAAGGCGAGCUCAAUUUUGGUUCGUUUUGCCCCGAGUCUGCGUUUCUAGAACAAGCCCAGGGUAGUCAUAGCGGGCCUCUCAACGCGAGAUGA